CUUGUGGACUCGAUUGUUAUGGACGUGCGUGGAAAGUAUACGCUUAUAAACGUUUCAUAUGCAAAUUAAUACAACUAAAGACACAUAAACAAGCUACUUUUUCGGCGCUAGCCCGCCUCUUUGUCAGGCUGAAUAAUAACUUGCUACACAACGGUGACCUGACACACUUUAAGCUCCUUGCAAUGCCUGGUUUAAAGUUUUGACAAGAUUUUCCACGUGAAAUCGCUUUUAAAAAAGGCAGACGUGAGGUUCGUACGGCGGCGCGGCGGACAAGGUAGGACACUUCCUACAGCGGCCGCCAGGGAAAUCCCAGCCAGUGGCGCCUAUUAAAGGAGCCAGCUCUCACCCGCCGACACACUUCUUGCUGGAUUUGCACCGCAGCAGCUCUCAGAAGAAGGACAACAAGUCUAAGGAGGACUGUCACCGAGACAAACUUCUAUUGCGGAUUACAGUUGGAUUUCUUUCGUCUGGAGAGGAUCACAAGCUAGAACAACAUGCCCGUUACCAGGAUGAAGAUGAGGCCGUGGCUGGAGAAGAUGAUCAACUCCAACACCAUCCCGGGUCUGGCCUGGAUCGACAAGGAGAAGACCAUGUUCUCCAUCCCGUGGAAGCACGCGGCUCGACACGGCUGGGACAUGGACAAGGACGCUUGUCUCUUCAAGCAGUGGGCCAUUCACACGGGGAAAUACGGGGAGAGCGGAUCCCGAGACGCCAAAACGUGGAAAGCCAACUUCCGCUGUGCGAUGAACUCGCUGCCGGACAUCGAGGAGGUGAAGGACAAGAGCGUCAACAAGGGACAGUCGGCCAUGCGUGUCUUCCGCAUGUUGCCCGUGGUGCAGAAGUCCAGAGAAAAACGCAGCAGAGUCAAGUCCAGGAAGCAGGUCAAGAUGGCGGAGGAGGACACAGACUACAGCGACACCCAGUCGCCGCCCGCCGUGUCGCAGCUGCGGGUGGACGCCGCGUCCGCUCAGGAGAACGUGGUGGACAGCACGGUGGACGUGGGGCUUCGAGGUGAGGGCGUACGCAAACCAAGGACGAAACCAGCAUCGCCGCUUUCUAACUCCUGGCCAAUCUUUUCAGAUUACGCCACCUCGCCCUUCGACUUUCCCGACUUGUUCCCUGCUGAGACGGCGGCGGGAAGGCCGCAGGACAACUUCCUCGACCAUUUCCAAAUUUCCCCCGACCAAAGCCCCGAGUACGACCCCGACAUCGUGGAGAUUUGCAAGCAACUGGAGAGAGACGCGCAAAGCCUCGGCAGGAACUGUUUAGACAUCAAGGGGCUCCUGAGCAAUGACGCAUCGACCAGCCCGGGGAGCCACUGGAGCGACACUUCCUCAGACUGCGCCCACUCAGUCCGAACAGUCGACGAAGUAGACGACUUGCAGUACACCACACUGGGCCCGGACUUCACGAACGUGGGGGACAGCCUCCUGGGCGAGUUCUGCCCCACCUACUACUUGGACACGAGGCUCUCCAUGUGAAGAACUGGUGAGACCGCUCUGAAGACUGUUGACUUGACCAGCUCAGGAAAAGCAAGCAUCAGCCGUGGUGAAGGUCCCACAAGGUUCUGCUGUUGGGUCCAUCCAGCUUUGCCCACAUUCCUGUUUGGACCAGGAAAAGCUCCUUGGCGGUCCCAUAAAUUCCUCAGAUGGGCUGCGUUCGCCGUCUGGAAUGGAUCUUGAAGGACACGCGUGGACUUUUGUGCUUUCAACUCAUCUCCGAGUUGAAGUCUGCCAUUGUUAGCAUCUUCUCUUCCAUUCAUCAAGCUACAUCUCAGCCAGUCAACACGCUAAGCCCUGCAGCAAACACGGAACGUUUGCUCCACUUCCCAACGCUCCAUGUAAAGGUUGUAAAUGUACAUGUAUAUAGUCAGAUGUUGUGUAUCUGUGUCUUUUUAAUAAAAACUAA